GUGAGGGGUGGGGGUCAGAGUCUAGGGAGGGUCUCCGUGUCACUCCCUUCCCGGGUGAGCGCGGAGAAUGGGGUGCGGAGGAGUCGGUUGGGAGGAGUUAAACUCAUGGAGGGGGGGGGGGUCAUGUGAACGCCACGCCCCUACAGGAAGGACGGAUGUGUGCGCGCGUGUGUGUGUGUAUGUGUGUUUAGGAAUAAAUGUAGAAGGGAGGGGGCGACGGGGUUUGUGUGUGUGAGAAUAAACUUAGAAGAGAGGGGGCGACCGGGGUGGGCUUCCCAGCUGAGAAACUGGAGCUCGGGGCGGCUGCUGCUGGCCGGACUCGGGCCUCUCUUCUCUCAGAGCGCUCUCCGCGGCCCGGGGAGGGAGUUCGAGAUCAGGAAUCCCAGCCCUGCCACAGUUUUGGGAGCCGAGGGCGAGGCGAGGCCGAAGGGAAAGGAGCAGAGAAUGUAUGCGGAAGGGGCCUGUGUUGGGGUCUGGAGUGGGUUGAGUUCAUUCUAGGAGCGCUGACCGGGCGAUUAAAACACUGAACCCCCUAAGCUUGGGAGCUGGAGGAGAUUAGUGUGUGGCAGUAACAGGACAAGAGGGAGAAGGAAGAGGGAUGUUCUUUUCCAUGUGUCUUAGAAGACAGCCUCCAUUGAUGGUAGAGGAAUCCAGUCUAGGUUAACACUGACACCAGCCUUCUGGCCAUGCCGGUUCUAUGGCCUCAUGAACCCCAGCAGAAGACAAACCGGCCGGUCCUCACAGUGGAUGACUUACCUUCCCUGAGCAAGAUAUGGGAUAGAACCCGGAAUCUGCCCCACACCAGCCUCUGGGCGGAAUAAGCCAGCUGAAUGAAGGAAUGUAACAGACCCCUGGGAGGGACACUGAACCCUGCCGUGGGGGGGGAGGGGCCUGGACUUACCCCUUCCCCCCCCAGACUCCUCCCCCUCAGAGUCCACUCAGCCAUGGACUUUAGACCUGGAUAAGGGGAAAGAAGCUGCACUUUGGUGUAUUUGAUUUGGGACUCUGAGUUUUGGAAAUGGAGUGCCGGAAGGGGGUUUGAUGGUCUCCAGGGGAGCAGCUGAGAGAAGAGAAGAAAGGUGCAUGGCUGCUUCCUAGCCCCGCAGUAGGCGAGCCCCGGGCAGCCCCGGGCAGCCCCGGGCCCCACCCCGGCCGGCCUCCCCUGCGGGGGCCAGGAUGCUGAAGAAGCAGUCCGCAGGGCUGGUGCUGUGGGGUGCCGUCCUCUUCGUGGCCUGGAACGCCCUGCUGCUGCUCUUCUUCUGGACGCGCCCUGCGCCUGGCAGGCUGCCCUCGGACAGCGCUCUCGAGGACGACCCAGCUGGCCUCACACGUGAGGUGAUCCGCCUGGCCGAGGACGCUGAGGCCGAGCUGGAGCGGCAGCGGGGGCUGCUGCAGCAGAUCCGUGAGCACCAUGCCCGCUGGAGCCGGCGGUGGCGGGCGCCCUCGGUUGCCCCGCCCGGGCCGCCACGCCCGCCCGCGUCCCCCGCGCCGGCCGUGAUCCCCAUCCUGGUCAUCGCGUGUGACCGCAGCACGGUGCGGCGCUGCCUGGACAAGCUGCUGCACUACCGGCCGUCGGCGGAGCUCUUCCCCAUCAUCGUCAGCCAGGACUGCGGGCACGAGGAGACCGCGCGGGUCAUCGCCUCGUACGGCAGCGCCAUCACGCACAUCCGGCAGCCGGACCUGAGCAGCAUCGCGGUGCCCCCCGACCACCGCAAGUUCCAGGGCUACUACAAGAUCGCGCGCCACUACCGCUGGGCACUGGGCCAGGUGUUCCGCAGCUUCCAGUUCGCGGCCGCCGUGGUGGUGGAGGACGACCUGGAGGUGGCCCCGGACUUCUUCGAGUACUUCCAGGCCACCUACCCGCUGCUGCGCGCCGACCCGUCCCUCUGGUGCGUGUCGGCCUGGAACGACAACGGCAAGGAGCAGAUGGUGGACGCCGGCAAGCCCGAGCUGCUCUACCGCACCGACUUCUUCCCGGGCCUUGGCUGGCUGCUGCUGGCCGAGCUCUGGGCCGAGCUGGAGCCCAAGUGGCCACGGGCCUUCUGGGAUGAUUGGAUGCGCCGGCCGGAGCAGCGGCAGGGCCGGGCCUGCGUGCGCCCCGAGAUCUCCAGAACGAUGACCUUUGGCCGCAAGGGGGUCAGCCAUGGGCAGUUCUUUGACCAGCACCUCAAGUUCAUCAAGCUGAACCAGCACUUCGUGCCCUUCACCCAGCUGGACCUGUCCUACCUGCGACAGGAGACCUACGACAGUGUUUUCCUGGCCCGUGUCUAUGCGGCGCCCCUGCUGCAGGUGGAGAAGGUGAGGACCAGUGAACGCAGCGAGCUGGGGGAGGUGCGUGUGCAGUACACCGGCAGGGACAGCUUCAAGGCCUUUGCGAAAGCCCUGGGUGUCAUGGACGACCUCAAGUCUGGCGUCCCCAGGGCCGGCUACCGGGGCAUCGUCAGCUUCCUGUUCCGGGGCCGCCGUGUUCACCUGGCCCCCCCGCAGACCUGGGAGGGCUACGAUCCGAGCUGGAAUUAGCUGCUGCGCCUGUCCGCCCUGCUCCUGCUGGGCUCCUUCCUCGCCGCUUGGUGGGCUGAGACAGACCGAGCCCCUGGGCUGCAUCAUCUUCUCUGUGUGUCUCUUUUGGGUACAUUUACCUUUUCUUUCUUUUUCUUUUUCUUUUUUUGAAUGGCAUUCGAGAGCACAGAGGAUGAGAUGAGGGUUAUUCUCCUGUUCUCAAGGGGGUCAAAUCAGGGGAACCUUGGUGGGGGUAUGUUGGGUGGUAUUAGCAGGAAGCCACUGUGUGGCAGGGAGAGACUUGGGCAUGUUGGGGCCACAGACUCCCACGUUCCAGUUUUUCUCAGAGCAUCUGCUGAGGUGGGCAGCUUUAGCUGUCUUGACCAGCUCUCUUUCUCUUGUCCUGCCUCUUCCAGCCAGGGUGUGGGCUCACCUCCUGUAUCUGCUCCCCAUUCCCACCUUCCCCCAGUUGAAGGGGUUGUUGGGUUCUUUGCAAAGGGGACUUAACUGUGGCCAGAGUGAGACUAACCAAAGGGGUGUCAUCAUCAGAGUCUGGGUGGAGCUCUUGGGCUUUCAGGGUUUACUGCUGCCCACCCCUGUUUCUCUUCUGCCCCUCUCCUAAUCCUGACCUCCUCUCUGCUCUUCUUCCCUUGCAGCUUAGCAGUGUGUGAUUCUAAGAUGAGAAGUGGAAGGGGAAAGCCAGACUUCUCCUCAGCUUAUCCACAGAAGUUGGGGUGGGAGGAGCGGAGAAUGUGGUAGGGAGAAAGCCUUGGUGUGCUGGGACAUGCCUCCCUCAUCCUGCCUCAAAGAAACAGACUCUGUUCCUGGAUUCCUGGCCUUUCUAAAAAUUGACCCCUUUCCUGUUUUAGUAGGAGGUUUCAUGCUGGCUUUCUGGAAGACAGAUUAGCUCCUUGUGUCCUUUUUCCCAUGGGGUUUGGGACACAGGCCCCUCUCUGAAGGUUGAGGCCUCAGGUGGCCCUCUCAGGGUGAGGUGGAAAGAUAGCUCUUGCCUCCCUCCCCUGUCCACCGGGCAUUCCCCUGUCUGCUCUGAUUGCGGUGAGGAUGGCAGGUUGGAGAGCGAUGUAUGUGUGUUUGCUUCUGGCCUGACCUCAGUUCAUGGAAGAAAGUUGAAGCCAGAGAAUUAUUUUCAAAAAUAAAGGCUGAAUUGUCUGAAAAA